AUGGGUAGAUGGAUCUCAAAGGGGCUGAUCAGAGCUCAUUCAAGUGUCAUCCGACCAGAUUUGACAGCUCCCAACAAGUUAUUGAGGCUUCAGUUCUCUCUCGAACACAUUGUGUAUGAUAGGAUAUGCAAUGUCCUAAAGUUCAAGAAUAUGCACAAUGUCGUGCAUGUUGAUGAGAAGUGGUUCUACAUCACCAAAUCAAAUCACAAAUUUUACUUGACUCCAGCAGAAAUAGAUCCACAUUGCACAUGCAAAAGUAAGAAGUUCAUUAAAAAGGUUAUGUUCGUAUGUGCAGUGUGCAGGCCUUUAUUCAAUGAAGAUGGGAGUGUGUUAUUCGAUGGCAAGAUAGGGAUUUUCCCUUUCACUGAGAUGGUACCAGCCAAAAGAACAAGCAAGAACAGGGAGGCUGGAACAAUGGAAGAGAAACCAAUUCAGUCCAUCACUAAACAAGUGAUGAAGGACUGCUUUAUCUACAAGGCAUGGAAAACAGACGAGCUAUCAAUUAUGGCCAAAUGGCCCCAAUUUGCAAGCAAAACUAUAUACAUACAGCAAGAUAAUGCUAAGCCACAUAUAAAAGACAGUGAUCCAGAUUUCAGAGCUGCAGCAACAGCAAAUGAUUUUGAUAUCAAGAUUGUUCAUCAGCCUCCAAAUAGCCCAGACACCAACAUCAAUGACUUGGGUUGGUUUAGGGCCAUUCAAAGCUUGCAAGUACAAUCAGUUUACACAAAUGAAGGGGAGCUAGUGAAGGCAGUUCAGAAAUCGUAUGAAGAGCUAAGUCCUAGUACUUUAAACUGUGAUUCAGGAGUUGUCGAGCUUUUUGGCAUCGUUGGGAGCGUUUGUGGAAGCAAAGCUCACGGUCGCCGCCGUCUCACGGCGGCCGCCGUCAAGACGCUGGCCGCGGCCCCACGGCACGCGCCGUGCAAUUCUGUGGAGAGAGCAGCAAAGGGUGUCUACGGCGCCGCCGUCCCUGGUGUUUCGGCAGUUACGUUUUUCUUCAUAUAA